UGUUUUUCUAAUCAAAAUUUGAGUUUUAAAACUUCGAUUAGAGGAAGAAUUAUAUUCUAUUCAUUAUUAGUUGAGCAAAAGACUUGGCAGUCAAACUGCAUAUUAGUUUAAAGUAACAUUAAAUCUGUUUUUUUCCCCUCUGGAGUGAAGUGCUCCAUCUUCGUGAAAGCUUAUUGGAUUUCGGAGUAAAAUAAACUUAAUUAAAGUUCACACAACAAUUAUUGUUGUUUACACCGAAAAUUAAGAUGGAAUGAAUAAUACCAAAAAUAUAUUCGUAAUACUUCAUAUGUAAACUGAUUCAGUUAUAAAUACCGUAUUUUUAAUUCGUUUUUAUAAGGAACACGUGUAUAAUUUGGCGAUGAUAAUAUUGAUUCACGAUGUUAAACAUGGCAGGAAUGUUCGCGAAAAUAAGUACAAGAGGCUGUUUUUCAACCAAAUUUGUUGCUAAAGUAUGCAAUAAUCAGAAUACAAAGCAAAAAAUUAUGGCAUUAACAGCAACGUGUUUACAAUGUCAAUGUUAUCAUGCUACUCCGAUUUACUCGAAGCAGUCAAAAGGUGCAGCGACAAAAAAAAAAAACGACAGAAUGUCCGCGUGAUAGCAGAACCGAAAAAAGUGUUGGAAAGAGUUACGGUUUGGAAGGACAUGACGAUAGAAGAAUUAGCGAACGGUUGUAAAAGAAGCGUAGAUAAUGUGAUUGAGGCACUAUCUCUGGUAGGCGUACAAGGAAAUUUUAGACCGAAAACGCCUAUCUGUGACACGAAAAUAUUAAUCGAGGUAGUAAAGAAAUUGGGACGAAAGUGUGAAAUUAGAUUAAGACCAGUUGCACCAGGAGUGAAAAUUUCCGAAGUUUUUGAAGAGAUCGAAGCAGUUAAACGACCUCCUCCGCAUCCUUCAGUAUUAGUUCCUAGACAUCCAGUUGUCACUAUUAUGGGUCAUGUUGAUCACGGGAAAACGACUUUACUCGAUUCACUGAGAAAUACGUCGGUCGUGGAUUCUGAAUUCGGUGGAAUCACUCAGCAUAUUGGCGCUUUUAAUGUAACGUUAAGUAGUGGAGAGAAAAUCACCUUCCUGGAUACUCCCGGCCACGCUGCAUUCAAGGCAAUGCGAGAAAGAGGUGCCCACGCGACAGAUAUCGUCGUUUUGGUCGUGGCUGCCGAUGAUGGAGUGAUGGAACAAACUUUGCAGAGCAUAUCAAUGGCCAGAGAUGCAAAUGUUCCGAUGAUCGUGGCUAUCAAUAAAAUUGAUAAGCCAAAUGCCGACAUUGAAAGGACUAAACGAAUGUUAUCCCAACAUGGAGUCAUUGUCGAAGAUCUUGGGGGAGAUGUGCAAAGUGUAAAUAUAUCGGCCUUGAAAGGAUUAAAUCUGGAUCAAUUGAAAGAUGCGAUUGUAAUUCAAGCAGAGGUGAUGAGCCUAAAAGGAGAUCCUACCGGUCCUGUAGAAGCUGUUGUUAUUGAAGCUUCUACUCAUCCUGGAAGAGGAAAAGUUGCUACUUCUCUAAUUCAACGUGGAACUUUGAAGCGAGGGACUGUCCUUGUAUCUGGAUUGACGAUGGCGAGGGUGAGAGCAAUGUAUGAUCAUGCAGGCUCUCAGGUUGAAGAAGCCAGAUUGUCCGACGCGGUUCAAAUCAUCGGCUGGAAAGAUCUUCCUUCGGCAGGUGACGAAAUUUUAGAAGUCGAGAGUGAAAGAAAGGCGCAUGAAGUUAUCCGAGCACGAGAGAAUAAGAAAAUGCAGCUGAAGGCUGUCGAGGAUCUUGUAGAUUAUGAUAAAAGAAUCGAAGAACAUAACGCUGUUUACAAAGAAAAAUUAAAGAAAAAGAGAGAGAGUGGAAUGCUUUAUAUGAGAAAUAUAGAACCAAAUAAGCCAAUGGAGAAAGAGCCAAUCGAUGAUCGGGUUAGAGUAAAUGUGAUAAUUAAGGGUGAUGUUGCGGGUUCUGUGGAGGCAAUUUUAGAUGUUCUUGUAACUUAUACAAGUCACAAUGCGUGUCUGUUAGACAUUGUGCAUCAUGAAGUUGGUCCAGUCACGGAAACUGAUUUAGAACUGGCGAAAACUUUCAACGCUGUGAUCUACUGUUUUAAUACGGACAUUCCGAGAAAAUUAGAUGACAUUGCUAAGAAGCAAAAAAUUGAGGUUCGACGUCACAAUGUAAUUUACAAACUCAUAGACGAUUUGAAGGACGAGAUUAGUAGAACCCUUCCGAAGCUUAAAGUGGAUGAAGUCAUUGGCGAAGCUGAUGUUAUGAAAGAAUUUGAAAUCAAUGAGGGAAGAAAGAAAGUGAAGGUUGCAGGAUGUCGUUGUACGAAAGGUGUUCUGAAAAAGUCUGGGUUGUACAAAUUAGUUCGAGAUGGGGAGGUGAUUUAUAGGGGUAAACUCUCCUCAAUGAGGCAUUUGAAAUCCGAAGUGGACUCAAUCAAAGCAGACGUAGAGUGCGGCCUUCGUUUCGUCGAUCAAUCAGUUUCUUUCCAACCUGGCGAUACCAUAGUCUGUUACAAACUCCGAUACGAUCCUCAAUACACCGAUUGGAAUCCCGGAUUUUAAAAUUCACACCUUAAUUACAUAAUUAUUACUUUUUAAGUCAAUGCUAACGCUGUUAAUAGGUAUUGUUUGAAAUAAAACAUACUCUAAUCUUAAGUACAAA